AGCAAUCAGCAUGCCGAAAAGCAGCGGCGUGACCGUGUUCGACGACCUGCCCGAGUGGCUUGUCGUUGACGAGAUCCUUGUCCGGCUACCGGCCAAGGAUGUACUCCGCUGCCGUGCCGUCCGCAAGUCGUGGCGCAGCGGCACUUCCACCAACGCGUUCAUCCUCAACCACCACCACCGCCAGCCCUCGCUCCCCAUCAUCCAAAACAAAGAGGGCAUCUAUCGCCAUGUCGGAUCCCCUACUGAUCAAAAGAUACAGCGUGUCCUCCGGCACGCAGAUCCCUUUACAAACGAGAUGAAUGUAUGUCAUGCUGUUUGUGAUGGCCUCCUCAUCCUGGAGAAGCAAUCCAAUUUCUACAUCUGCAACCCUACCACCCGCAAGUAUGCUUCCCUGCCACAUCCUCCACGACGGUCACGCACCAGCGCCGUCGACGUAGUCGGCUUCUACCGGCUCCACACAUCUGGAGAACACCGUGUUCUCUGGGUGUCAUACUCAAAACAGUGCGCACCCAGGGAAUCGAACCCUGGUCAGUACCGUGGGAGGGUACUAUGA